AUGACAGCUCCCUCGUCGUUCCGUACCCCCGCCAAACGUCUCUGGAUUAGUGUGUGGUUCGCCUUGUCAACACUCAUUGUCACAUGGGAUGCGGGCUAUUUACUGUUAAGACCCCGAUCGAUGCAAGGCGGUGACUUGUUCUGGUUGUGGCGACCGUAUCACUUGUAUUCCAAAAUUGACUACCUUAUGUAUAGGCGAAUAGGUUUAUGGGCUGCUGCUCUUGCAGAGGGCGAUGGUUUCCCUUCGGCUCAGGCUCUGAUGAACCUCGCGGAGAAUAUCUUGAAUUUAUUAUACCUAUAUCAAGUGCAUCUUUCCCCGGACCCUUCCACUGCGCCCAUUGCUGGGUUUGCGGUAGCAACCAUGACCUUCUGGAAAACGGUACUGUAUUGGUUACAAGAUUGGCUGUGCGGGUGGUGUACGACUGGGCAUAAUGAUUGGUCAACAUGGAUCUUGUUGUGGGUUUUUCCAAAUGGCUUAUGGCUCGUAAUGCCACUCGCCAUAACCUUCACACUUUGGGGAGACAUCGUGGCUGCUCUAAGCUUCUCCUCUGUGAAGAGUAUAAAGACCUUUUGA